GAGUCCACUCCUUUCUUUCGGUUCUCAGACUAGAGCUGGGGAGACAUUAACAGCCCUGUCGUCCUCGUUUUUGGCAACAUUUAAAUUGUCUUAUUUAUUUCCUGAGCGCAGUUUUGAGGUGAUGUGGAGUGUGCAGAGACUGAUGAACGAGCCUCGAUGUAAACUGUGUGACAACUAUCUACACAACACACCAACAAGACCGACGGAAAGAUGCAGAUGUGACAACGCUUCUGCUGUAAUACAUGCAAUUUAAGGAUUGUUAUGUGAGUCCAGGUGCAGUCCCGUAAUUUUAUGCUGGUGGAGAGGAGUGAGAUGCUUCACUCGGCUGCCAUGACAACAGGACUUAUCUUUGUAACUUGGCUCUUGUAUACAAGCGCGCGAGGCAAUCCCAUUGUGUCGGUGCCGGAGGGUGGGGAGAAAGAGCGUUUGGAGCGCGUUCUGACCCAAGCCAGGGAGGGUGCGCUAAGCCCCAGUGCAAGGCAGCGUUUGGAGGAGCUGAGUAAUCUUGAAUUGGAGGGCGUGAACAGAUCCAGUGCCAUCAGGGCCCGGCCCAACUCCAGCCCCUUGAGACGAGGGUCCAAACUGCAGGGUAAGACCCUCGAAGCCUGGAGUGAGCAAGAAUCCCUCAAGCAAACCGAAGAGGCUCCUACGGAAGAGGCCAACGCCUCCCUCGAUGCGACCGACGAGUACGCGUAUCCCGAUUACAGGGGUAAGGGCUGCAUGGACGAGACAGGGUUUGUGUUCGCCAUCGGGGACAAAUUCACCCCGGGACCCUCCACCUGCCCCUGUUUGUGUACAGACGAAGGUCCUCUGUGCGCCCAACCCGAGUGUCCGAAACUUCACCCACGUUGCCUGCGUGUUGACACCAGCCAGUGCUGCCCGCAGUGCAAAGAGAAGAAAAACUACUGUGAAUUUCGAGGAAAGGUCUACUCAUCUCUGGAGGAGUUUAAGGUGUCUCCCUGCGAGAAGUGCCGUUGUGAGGCCAGUGGAGAGGUUCUUUGUUCUGUGUCCGCUUGCCCGCAGACAGAGUGUGUUGAUCCAGAAUAUGAGCCUGAGCAGUGCUGCCCGGUGUGCAAGAGCGGGCCGAACUGCUACGCGGACACGGCGGUGAUCCCGGCCGGCCGAGAGGUGAAGAUUGACGAAUGCACCAUCUGCUACUGCACGUACGAGGAGGGCACCUGGCGUAUCGAGCGGCAGGCCACCUGCAGCAAGAACGAGUGCCAGCCGAGCUAAGGCGGCGACGGGGGGCUCGAGACCCUCAGCCUUCACCCGGACAGCUGUGGAUCUGGAUCACCCGUCCCAGCUGUGGUCUGUACGGGCUCAGCACGCCAGCCCUGAGCCUCACACGCAGCCAAGACACCAGCACCGUGUGGCGUAACAUCAAUCACGGUCAUUUGUGACCGUUCAUGACUAUGAACUCAGAGUGUCCCGUAGCAUGCAGCGGACAGGCCAAUUAACCUGGGAGUGCGAAGCGCUACAUUCCUCUCGCUACGACGGAGCCUCUGAGUUGGCAUAGCGUCAUGACGAACGAUAGAGUUACAUGUAUAGUCUUAGGAGGCAUGGAGUUGAAUUCAACUAUAUUAAUACUUCAAGUUUGUAUUGAGAUUUAUAACCCAUAUAAAGGAUAUUUAUUUAUGUAUGUGCUGGUUCGACGAUUAUGAUUGGAUUCAAGUAUCUGAUUUACAGUGAAAUGAUAUUUUUUAUAGCCACUGUCUUUUGAUAUGCCGUAACGUUUAAUACCGGAUCAUCUUAUUAGAAUGUAUAAACGCACCUACAGCUGUCAAUGUGUCUGGGGGAACGUUUUGAUUAGAUGAUGCCGCUGUCAGGAUGCCUCUGACACAUAACAUCUAACGCUAUGUCAGGAUAGUCAACAGAGCAGAAUGGAUUUGAUGUCCAUGUGAGGAAAUCAAAGAAGGAAAGAAAGCUGCUUGCAGAUGUUUGCAUUUAUGUUAAGUCUCUAUCGUGCUCUUAUCUGAGGUCCGUUUUGCUAAGACGUGUUUCUAUGUGUACGUGUUUUCAUGUUCCAAAUAAAUCAUUACACUGUGCAGGCUCGUUUGUGACUAGACGCUGAUGCGAGGGCAACUUAGGUUAGUUACCAUUUUUAAAACACAGGGCCAAGAGGAAAUGUCAAGUAAAAACAUGAAAAAUGGCACAGAUUUCACGAGGAAUAUUGAACCAGGAGGAGUUUCCAAGUCAAGAGGGGAUAACUUCAUGUUUUUAAUUUAGCUGUAAAUGAAGACCUCCUGGUGUAGUAUUUUGCUUUUAAAGCACUAAAUCCUAGGGGUUCUGUUCCUGUAGUUUGUGAACUAAACUUUAGAGUAAGGGAGUGUUCACACAAGUGUUUUCAUAUAAAAACAGAAAACUUUUUAUGCAUUUUGGCUGGUCAUUUAUACAACGGCAUUUUGGGAGCCUGAAAACGCAAACUUUUGAAAGCGGGUUUCAAAGUGCAAGUUUGUGUGAAAAAAAUUAUAGACAAUUUGUGAAAAUGGUGACGUCAUGCGUAUUCGGAUUAUGUGUUCAGAUUAUAGCUGUGUAGUUUCUUUACAAAGGCCAGCUGCUGGCCUGGCAUGAAUAAUAAAGCGUUUUAAUCGUUUUCU